UGAAGACUCCUUUGGGGUACUUCCCGAUCACCACUUUUAGGGGUUAUGUGUUUUGCUACUGUUUGGCACUGUUUUAUGGAUUCAAACAAUUGGUUGCGAUUAUCACAGAAUUACUGUCCAAAAGGAGCAAUGUAUUCAAAAUCAAACCACGACCUCAACCACCGGAAUGCCUGUUAGACAAGCGAUUGGGUCAACACAACUUUAUCCGCACAAAAAAUCUAAGACUGCAUUACGUAUCAAAUGGUGAUCGGAGUAAACCAUUGAUGCUAUUCCUUCACGGAUAUCCCGAAGUGUGGUAUUCCUGGAGAUACCAAUUGCCAGUAUUCGCCAAAAACUACUUUACGGUCGCACUCGAUAUGAGAGGUUAUGGAGAUUCAGACAAACCUAAAGGAGUACAAAACUAUUCAAUGGAUAAACUGGUGGACGAUGUAAGGGAUGUGGUGCACGGGUUAGGCAAACAAAAGUGUAUUCUCGUGAGCCAUGACUGGGGCGGUGUAGUGGCCUGGUCUGUGGCCGCCCAGUACCCGGACUUAGUGGACAGGCUUGUCGUAUGCAACGCACCCACUCGAUGGGCAUGGAUGGAGACCAUUGAAAACGAUUGGCAACAGUUUCAUAAAUCUUGGUAUGUGUUCUUCUUUAACCUCCCGUUCCUCCCGGAGUUAUUGCAAUCACGAAAUGAUUUGCAAAGAUUUGACUUAAUGUUUGGCAAGUUUGGCAAUAAAGAGGAUACAGAAGCGUAUAAGUAUUACUACAGCAAACCGGGUGCCCUGAGUGCGCCCAUCAACUACUACAGGGCCACUCAACGCGGUUACGCCACUCGAUACCUGUUGGCCAUGAAGAACAAGCGCAUCACUGCACCGACACUUGUACUCUGGGGUAGGGAUGAUAUUGCGCUCAAUGAAGGUCUGGCCGCCGAGAGUUGCAAGUCCUGCGACAACUACACCAUCAAAAUGAUCGACAAGUGCUCCCAUUGGACGCCAAUCGAUAAACCAGAUUUGGUUAACAAAUAUAUUACAGAGUUUUUGGAGACUAAUUAAAAUAUGCCAAUAAUUAUCCCACGUCUCGACUAUACCUCAUUUGAGAUCCCUGUGCAC